UCCAUGUGGGUAGCCUGCCCUUCCCGCGACGCAGGAGCCAAUCCUGUUGCAGCGGAGCCUGUGCUGCCUAGAAACUAUGUGGGAAUCCGUAUAACGCGACGCGACGCGAGCGGUUAGAGGCGGGCGGAAGCUCGGCGUCGGCGUGCUCCAAGCUUGGCGGAGAAGAAAGCCCAUUCACUCCCCUUGCCUUUCUUUCACUCUUCUUGUUUUAUAUUCUUAAUAUAAAUGAGUCUGCGUUUGUUCGCACACUUCCGCGUUCAUCUCGAAGCGCUUGACACUACGAAGUGUGGCUGCUCUGUGUGUGUUGUCAUUUUUAUUUUGUCUGUUUUUUGUGAGAGUGGCCUCUUGGAAAAGUCAUUUCGUCCGUCUGUAUGUUUCACGUAUAUUGAGGACUGACAAUAAAUGCUAGCAUACCGUCUGCGAUGUGGCUCGUGGCUCGUGGCUCGGCGCAGUAGCUGAGACUCACCGGAGGAGCGGUCAGUGCGUCUGCCUCCCGUUUCUGACGUUCGGGUCCGGCUCUCCCAGUGCUUGCGUGGUUUUCCGCGGGUACUCGGGCUUCCUCCCACAUUCCAAAAACAUCCACGUUAGCUUAAUUGAAGAGUCUAAAUUGUCAGUGGGGGUGGCCCCUGCAUUGGCUGACGACCAGUUCAGGGUGUACCUCGCCUCUCGCCCAAAGUCAGCAGGGAUGGGUCGCAGCACACCCGUGACCCAGUGAGGAUAAGUUGCAUCGAAAGACUCGCGAUGAACAGGAUCCGAAUCCACGUCCUGCCGAGCAGCCGGAACCGGCUGGCGCAGCAGGCGGCGCGUCCUCAGGAGGCGCAGACGUGCGCCUUCACGCAGCGGCCGUGCUCCCAACCACGUCUGGACGGCUUGGAGUUCUGCAUCAAACACAUUCUGGAGGACAAGAGCGCCCCGUACAAGCAAUGCAAUUACGUCUCCGCUAAGAAUGGCAAACGCUGCCCCAACGCUGCGCCAAAGGUCGAGAGGAAAGACGGUGUGACAUUCUGUGCCGAGCACGCCCGCAGGAAUGCCAUGGCCCUCCGCGCUCAGAUGAGGAAGGCGUCGUCCGGUCCGUCGCCAGAGACGCUGCUGUCCCAGCUGAGCGGGUACAGCCGCGCAGAAACGCGCGGCCUCGAUGGCGGUCGCUCCGAAGCGAGUCGUAUUCUCGAUGAGGACAGUCCAAUGAGUGAGGAGGAGCAGGGUCCCCUGGUACUGGACCAGACGUGGAGAGGAGACCCUGAAAGUGAGGCCGACAGCAUCGACAGCGAGCACGAGGAUCCUCUCAAACAUGCUGGCGUGUACACGGCGGAGGAGGUGGCGCUCUUCACUCGAGAGAAACUCAUCAGGCUCCAGUCCCUCUACAUUGACCAGUUCAAACGCCUGCAGCAUCUGCUGAAGGAGAAGAAGCGCAGAUAUCUGCACAACCGCAAAGUCGAGCACGAAACCAUCGGAAGCAGUCUUCUGACAGGACCCGAAGGCCUGUCCGUAAAGGAGAGGGAGAACCUGAAAAAGCUCAAAGCGCUCCGUCGCUACCGCCGCCGCUACGGUGUGGAAGCUCUGCUGCACCGGCAGCUGAGAGAGCGAAGACAGACGGUGACAGACGGAGCUCCUCAGGUGCACCCGCGAGCGUCGCAGGAGAAAUGCAUUUCCUUCAUGGAUGGAAGUCGAUGCUGCAAUCCCUGCCUUCCCUUGACCCGGCACUGCGUCUCCCACAUCUCCCAGGACAGCAACCAGGUUCUUUUCAGAAGCUGCCCGGGAACCAAGGACAUCCCGUGCGAACGUACAGUGCACAUGGGCCAGUCGGACGACCCCCGCUGCCCGCUUCACCUCCCCCUGCCUCCCCCCAUGCACCAGCCGGAGCAGGAGCCCCCCCCGCAGGAGCAUCUGACCCCCACCGGCAGAGACCUGUACCUGAGCGCCGCCGAGCUCCAGCCCACCGAAAGCCUACCCCUGGAGUUCAGUGACGACCUGGACGUGGAAGGAGACGGGACGCAGGGUCCUCCGUCCCCCCUUCAGUUUGACACGGCCCUGGCCCUCGAGGACCAGACCAUCCGUGCGAUCGCCGAGGCCCCGAUGGACCUCCUGACCGCCGACGACCCGGAUCAGGUCGACCUGGACGCGUCGGGACAGGACAUCGACGACGUUGCGGACGAGCAGGUUGCGUCCGAGGCGGCGGUGGCCAAAGAAGACUCUCCCAGAUGAAGAAAGCGUUUUCAAGUGUGCCGAGUGUUCGCCGGCUGGUCUUUGAGUGCUCCCGUCUGCUCGCAAUAAACU